AUGUGUGGCAGUGCUUCAAGAACGGGCACGGUGCUGGUAGUAAGGACCGCGCUCGGAUCCCAGCUCCAGUGGGAAGCGAUCCCGCCCCCGGGAUGGCCCCACCCCUGCUAUGACCCCGCCCUCGUCGUGGCCCCGCCCCGUCGUUGGCCCCGCCCCCGAGUGGCCCCGCUCCUUGCUGGUGCCGCGUUGCGCGGAUCGCCGCCAGGUGGCGCGCAGGCGUGGCCGCCCCUUCCUGCCCGGCCCUCCCCUUUCCCGCCCGACCCGCGCCCCCACCCGCGCACGGUGACCUCGCCGCGGGGCCGGGUCGUGACGUCAGCGGGCGGCGGGGCGGUUGCUGUGACGUCAGGGCGGUGGCGGCGGCGGCCCGUGAGGUCACGGCCCGGCCCGGCCGGCCCGGCGGGCCCCGGGCGGCAGCGGCCGGGCAGCAUUUGGCCGAGCGCCCAGCCCCAGCCCGGGGGGGGCGCAGGGCGAGCCGAGGGGCGCCGCCCGCGGUGGGCGGUGGGUUGCCGCGUGCCUGGAUGGAGCAGAUGCGUGAACGACACGCUGGUGGUGACGCUGAGCUGCGGCGAGCGGCGCUUCACCGGCGUGCUGCUGGGAGCUGCUCCAAGAGGUUACAGCGCGGGCCACCGGGGGCAGGGCCGGCGGGGCCGGGGCGGUUGGGGCCCGCGGGCCCCGCGCCCUUUUGUUCGCCCCCGGCGGGACAAAGCGGCGGGCCGGCGAACUGGCGGGGGACCGGACUGGGGGCGAGGACCGGGGGACCGGCCCGGGGCGCACGGGGGGGCGGUGGUGCCCCCGGGCCGGUGGGCCGGACCGGCCGCGGCCCCGCACGUAGGCGCCUGGCUGCGCCACACCUACAACCAGUGGGUCCCGCAGCCGCCACCACGGACUAUAAAGAGAACGAGGAGGCGCCUGUCGAGGAACAGAGACCCAGGGAGGCUCAUCAUGAGCACCAUCAGGCUGCGGCCCAGGCAGGUGCUCUGCGAGAAGUGCAAGAACACCCUGAACCCCGAGGACGCGGCGCCGCGGCAGAACACCAAAACCAGGAGGAAGCUGAGCAUUCAGGACAAGGAGCAGAAAAAGCACAGCGACUCCGACUACGUGGAGAAAAGGAACAAAAGAGAGAAGAGGGAGGAUGACAAGUUUUCUGGGGAGGUACAUCGAACACCAGUUAUAAAAAUAUCCUACAGUACCCCACAAGGGAAAGGUGAAGUGGUAAAAAUCCCUUCCCGGGUCCAUGGCUCGGUCAAACCGUUCUGUCCGGAGCGAGUAUUGCAGAACGGAGCGGGGGACCAAGAGGAGACCAGGGACUCUGAACGGUGUCGAGAAACCAAAUGUUUAAUGGACAAGUCAGCAGGCAGCCAGCUUGCUUCCAUUCCAAAACUGAAGCUCACACGGCCAGUGCAUUCCAGUGUGGAUGUCCCACCCCCAAAGAUACGGCUGAAGCCCCAUCGCAUGAACGAUGGUCAGAGUGUUUCAAUUUAUAAGGCAGAACUGAUUGAUGAAAUGAAUGUCCUUCAGAACAGCAGGGAGUCCAAUCCCGGAGCAUUUUACAAUGAUGAAUCCACUGACAGAGGUUUGGCUGAGAUAUCUUCAGGGAGUUCAGGUGAAGAUGAUGACUUUAAAAGGUUUCCCCAGGCUAAAGAUGGACAUGAUAACUUGGCUUUCCUCAUGAAUUAUCGCAAAAGAAAAGCAGAUUCUUCUAGUUUAUCAGUGUGUAGCAAUGACAGUCUAGACGAAUCCAAGUCUUCUAGUUCAGAAGUGACAUCACCAGAACUGUGUGACUUUUUGCCUGGUGAUGAUGCCUCCGUCUCUUCAUCUUCAAAAGAUGAGCGUAAAAUUGUGCCGCCACUGACAGUCAGACUGCACACCCAGAGUGUGUCUAAAUGUGUCACGGAAGAUGGAAGGACUGUUUCAGUGGGGGAUAUUGUCUGGGGUAAAAUUCAUGGGUUUCCAUGGUGGCCAGCACGCGUUCUUGACAUAAACCUCAGCCAGAAGGAAAACGGGGAACCCUCGUGGCGAGAAGCUAAAGUGUCAUGGUUUGGUUCUCCAACGACUUCGUUCUUAUCUGUUUCAAAACUGUCUCCUUUCUCGGAAUUUUUCAAACUGAGAUUUAAUCGCAAGAAGAAAGGGAUGUACCGGAAAGCGAUCACGGAAGCUGCGAAGGCAGUCGAGCACCUGACUCCAGAAAUAAGAGAUCUCUUAACACAGUUUGAGACAUAACUUUGCCUCCAGUUUCAGGUAACAGAAGACGAGCACAGCUGUUCUCCUAGAGGGUCACCGAGUCUGUAACACCCUGACAUGCUCCCCAGGAGAACCUGGAGGCUGCCGGGAGGCAGGAGGACAAGGUUCCUGGUCAGAGUGCUCUGCGUUUCAUCCGGGACAGGUGACAGGCACCGGGACGUGGAGUUGGGAGGCUCUUCUGGUGUGAGGCUGGCAGGAAAGGCUUAAGGAUAUCUUACCCUAGAAUGAGAAUUUGACCAGUCAGACAACAAUGAACUAGGAGAACAGCAAAAGCCACACCUCGGAAUGUAUUUAUUACUUAAAAUUAGCUAUUCUUGAUAAAAUCCCCCAAAUUAUUGCUGCUGCUUAUUUUACUUACGGAUUUCACACACUUGUUAAUUUUAAAGCUACCAAACUUCUAUUCAAUACUGUACUCUGAGAAAUGUAAUUGGGUCAGGACAUGCAAUAGAAUGAAAUCAUUGUAGUGUCUUAAGUACAACGGACUCACUUUGUGUCUAUUAAACCUUGGAAGAUGUGCAACACACAA